CUCCAUCGCGAUAUCCGCUUUAGCCAUCUUCUCAACCGCUACAUGAAGACGAACAUACUCAAAUCAACAAGCAGAAAUAUGAGCCACUUUCAUGUGGUUGGUCCAAAAAAAAAAAGGGGGAACUGUGGUGUGAGAGCUGAUGAUGAGCUGCAUUUCUCAAAGAAACUUCUGCUAUCUGAGCAGAACUUCAUCAAGACUUCACACACUUUAUUCUCCAAAAGACAAAUGCGGUACACGUUUAAGCCGGAUGACUGCAUGGUCAUCAGCAUUCCCCUGGGAAGCGUCAGGGACAUGAGAGAGGGCCAGCUGAUGCCCGAGAAAUUCACCUGCGUCUUCAAAGACACUUACAAGGUUUUUCUGAAAGGACGACCAAAGGAACUCGGGGCGGCUCAGCUCAGCAUCGGUGCGUUUGUCAUUUGCAUCGGCGUCCUCAUUGCUCUUUAUUAUGGUUUUGCUCAUUUAGUGUACACCCUACCUAGUGCCCUGUUCAUUGCUACUGGCAUUCUGACAUUUGCAGCUGGGAAGUCUCCGUUCAUGCCUGUGAUGAAACUGUCCUUCGCAUUCAACAUUAUCAGCCUUUUCUGGUCCAUCGCAGCUCUAGUUCUCUGCUCGCUGACAAGCGAGGGUUUCUACAGGAGCACAGAUGACAUUUCAAAGAACCAUAUGUUUGUAGGGCUGAGGGUGGUGAUCGGCGUGCUGUGUGGGUUAGAGUUGAUUCUGGCUCUGGUUUUGAUCUUCUGGGAGAGUAAAGCUGUAUGCAGAUCUCACUUUAACACACUGCCCAUGAUCACUAUCAAGCAAGGCGUUUGAUUGGACAGUGAGAUCGAAACACUCUGAGGCGUGGAUUUGUGUUUAAGUGCAUCUGUGUAUAUAGUUCCCCUUUUGCCUGUUGCUCAACUUUGCACAUUUGAUUCGCAGUGAGCGUGUGGAUAGAGCAAACGCUUAUAUUGAAUGCAAUGUAAAUCGCUUUUGCCAAAUGCAUUCAUGUAAAUGGUGAAUUUUCUAUUUGCUCACUAUUAAAGUACUCUUUUUAAAAUU